CCCUCCGUCACGUGACGGCGGAGCGGGCGGCCCCCCGGCGGGGGAGGAGAUUGGGGAUCUCUGGGCUCGCCUCGUUCUCCUAAUCUUUUCACACGGGGCGCCUGGCGGUGCGGGAGAGGAGGGCCGGAGCUUGCGCCGUAGCGGCAGGGACACUGAAGCGCCCCCCUCCCCCUUGGGCUCCAGGGAGGGGCCCGGGCGGCGCUGGUGCAGCUGGCCAUGUCCAUGGAGGACCCCUUCUUUGUGGUGAAAGGGGAGGUACAAAAAGCAGUGAACACUGCGCAGGGGCUGUUCCAGAGAUGGACAGAGCUCCUGCAAGAUCCCUCCACAGCUACAAGAGAAGAAGUUGACUGGACCACCAAUGAGCUCAGGAAUAACCUGCGGAGCAUUGAGUGGGACCUGGAAGACUUGGAUGAAACUAUUAGCAUUGUUGAAGCAAAUCCUCGGAAAUUCAACCUUGAUGCAACUGAGCUGGGUGUAAGAAAAGCCUUCAUCACAAGCACACGGCAGGUGGUCAGGGAAAUGAAGGAUCAGAUGUCAAACUCAUCUGUUCAGGCACUGUCUGAAAGGAAAAACAGGAAGGCACUGCUGGGAGAAAGUGGAGGUCAGAGUUGGAGCUCUGGAUCAGAUAAAUAUGGCGGUUUGGAUCGAGAGCUACAGUUAGCCAAUUCACACUUCAUUGAGGAGCAACAGGCUCAGCAGCAGUUGAUUGUGGAGCAGCAGGAUGAGCAAUUGGAACUGGUCUCUGGCAGCAUUGGGGUGCUGAAGAACAUGUCCCAGCGCAUUGGUGGGGAGCUGGAAGAACAAGCAGUGAUGUUGGAUGACUUCUCUCAUGAGUUAGACAACACUCAGUCACGUCUUGAUAAUGUUAUGAAGAAGCUUGCAAAAGUGUCCCACAUGACCAGUGAUCGACGGCAGUGGUGUGCAAUCAUCAUUCUCUUUGUUAUCUUACUGGUGGUGCUUAUCCUGUUUUUUGUGCUGUGAUGGACUAACCUCCCUUGGACUUGUGCCCCCGCCUCAAAAAAAAAAAAAUGGGGAAAUGAAACUUGGUUAUCAUUUCCCUCCACUCUGAGAUUCCUGUAAUGAAAACUUACAUCUGGACCUUACUGUUCUCUGUUGUGGACUAACACCUAUGGCAUGACUCUUGCAACUUCUUCAUCUGAUUCUAAGCCUCAUCAACUUGCCUGAGGGGAAAAUGAAGGACGGAUGUGAUCCCAAAUUCUUCUGUACCUGGGACAUACUGCUGUGUGGACAACCGGCCCUCUUCUCUCUCACCAUCCUAUGUGGAGUGGCCUAGAUUUAGACCUAGAAUGGAAAAGGCAAUUCAGAAGGAGUUUACCACUGUUAAUAUUUUCAUCCAUUACAGGUGUGACCCAUAUGAAGCCUGGAAACAUCCUAAGCUGCCACAUAUUCCCCUUUCCUUUGUCAAAUGCCACUCUUGUCAGCUUUAGACAUAGACUAAUGGUUCCUUGGGACAGUAUUUCAUUGACUACUGGAAGCUGAUCACCAGCCAACAGUGCAGCACUUCCAAGCUAAUAAAAGUUGUUCACUAGGAAGGAAAGAAGGCACCGGAGGAGUAGCGUUGAUGUCAGUAAAUGCAUUAAUUUAUACUCUGGCUAUCUUCACUCCAGUGCAAAGCUAUAAGAGACAUGUGCGGAGAUAGAUUGCUUUUAAGGGUGCAUACAAAUUCUGCUUUUGAAAAUACUAAGUGGUAGGAGCAGCAAGGUCUUGGACCCUAUGGGAUUAAUAAAAGGGGAGAUAUGGCUCAUAACUGCUGACAUGAAAUCUAAUGUGAACUUGAGUCUGUAUCUAACAGGCUACUGGCACUGUGCUAGACUGGUCUCAUAACAGCAGUAUUGAUUUUACCUUACACAGUUAAGUAAGUAGCUUGGACGUGUUAGAAAGAAUCAUGAGCAAAACAAACUUGCAGGACAUCUCAGCAGAAUCUUACAUACUGUGUAUUGGUGAACUACAAAAAGCCUGUGCUGCCCCGCCUGAGGCAGCUGCAGUUAACUGCAGCGCUUUAACUUGUUUUACUGCACUGUAAGCCAAAAGUUGAUAAACUCUAGGCUGAGGGUAAACGUUUUAGAAAACUCUUUAAAUCUUGAUUCUACAAGCCUCAAGCCCACUGAGUGUGCUCUUUGCUGUUGUGUAACUGAAUGACUGCCUCUGUUAAACUGCUGUCACCGUUUGGCAAGUGAUUUGUCAAGUUUUAAAAUAACACAAUAUUUUGAUAAAUAAACUUCAAAGGUAUUUAAUAUUAAUGAUAUGGGCCAUAUUCUCUCCUUGGAUAUGUCACAUCCAUUGACUAAUUUAUACAUGCACAGGGUAGAAUAUGGCCCAGAGCUUGUACCCUAAAUGUAUACUAACACACACAAAACUAGGAUGUCUUAAUUUUUCCUGACCCAGUAUUUUUUUAGAAAUGUUAAGCACUGUUGUGACAAACAAAAAGCCAGAACAUGCAAAGUUAAGGGAGAAACUCCAGUUCAUCAUUAUUUCCCCAAUCCUUACGUUACUUUUGAAUUGCCUGGCACUUCAGUUUUGUUUCACAACAUUGUUAUUUAAGUCUAGUUUUGUCACAGUGAAUUGGAAAUUAGACUUAAUGAGUCACUGUUUUAUUUAAGUGUUGCUAAAAGCUGUCAGUACCAAAACUUUGGUGUAGAAGGGCUCAACCUGGCAGCAUAGGUGUGGGGACAAAUAAAUCCAAAUAGCUGUUUUAUACUGCAAAACUGAUUUAAAAGCCCCCCCCCCUUUUUUUUUCUUUAAAUUGCUGCUCCUGACCUUCUGACUCAGAUUAAUUUAUAAAAGUUUAAGGCAACCACGCUUUUCUUUUAAAAAAAGAAUUGCCCUUACCAGGCCAAAAAGUGGGAGUUAGUUAGUGCCCAUACAUAGCAAAUCUUGAUAGCUAAAACUGCAUGCUGCUCAAAUAUAAGCCCAUUCAGUGGGUUCCUUCCUCAGGAUACCCUUGAAAGUGAGAUUUCAGCUUUAAUGAGAUAUUUCUUUGUUAAACACUGAAAUAGACUUUAAUCCUAACUAAAGUUGCUUCUGCAUGGCAGUAUUGUGGCUCUCAGACUAAAUUACAAUAACCCGCCUAUGUAAAAAAAAAAAAUUGAAUUUGUACACAGAACACUUACGUUGUAACAUGGAAAGUAAGCAUGUACUAUAUGCCUUCUCGCUCCUGCAGGAUUAGGGAUAACUGCCCUUCACUCUUAAAUGGGACAUUCGUUUGUUUAAUGUGCCCUUAUCUCUAUUUUGGGUAGCAUUUCCCAUACAGGCCUUCUAUAUUUAAAAAAAAAAAAAAAAUUGCAGAUCACCUUUAACUGAGAGUUUGUCUAUACUAGAAAGUUAAUACAGAUUAAGGUAGAUUGCAAAUUUAAAGCACAGUAGCUGUUUCUGAAUAACUUUGUGGGUCAGCCCUUAUUCUGGAACAAGAAUGCCUUGCUUAACCCACUUGGAAACUGUAGACAAGCCCUGAAAUAUUCCUUGAUUUAGUUUGUCAGAAAUAAGUUAAAUUUAUCAUUGGUGUGUUAAAUACAUGCUUUGCUUCCUCUAGGAUCUGUUAGCUUCCAAUAUGCACAGCAAGAGUAUAAGUAGACUUGGUCCAUUAUAAUCACACUUGCAUUUAAUAUCUCUUCAAGAGUAACUUUUCAGUUGGAGAUCCAGGAAGCUAACUAUGUAACUCCCAUUAGGUUUAAUAGGAAUCUGUGUGGACCUGACACUGUACCUUUCAAUGCUUGGCACUUCAGUGUUGCUGUUACAAAGCGGAUUUGGGUAUGUGCACCCACUGCUGCUGUGUCUUGUCACUGGAGAAUAUACUAACCUGUUUGUUUUAUAUUUGGAACAGCAUCCUGUGAAAUGACUAACUUUAGACACGUCAGAAAACUUGAGCCUAUAUAUAAAAACCAGAGGAGCCAUUUUCAGUAGAGGAAGGAAGAUUUCCCACUUCUAAUUCUAUUUAACUGCCUGAUACUGUAAUUUCAGUGUAGGGCUCAGUGCUACUUGUUCAUUGUAGAAUGUGGGAACAGACAUCUUUUCACUGGUAGUUGCACACGCAGUUCCCCACUUACAUUACAAUAUGCUGUGUUGUGUUCUCUCCAAGAAUUCUUAAUUAAAUGAGUUGUACAGAACUGCUCCUCCACUUAAGGAAAUUUUAGACUAUAACAUGUUACCAGAAGCCUAUUAAACUGCUGUGCUUAAGUA